CGUGUAGUACAAAGCAGACAAUCUGUCGCUGUGUUGUAGAUUAAUAUUUUAAUUUUAAUAAUUAGUGUUAAUUGUUUUUCAUCGAUGCACUAGUAAUUAUUUUUAAUUACUUUUCACUCAUGUUUUAAAUCGUUUUUAAAACAUAACUUAUAAUCUGAAUCAAGUUAAACUGUUAUUGUUAAAUAUUUAGUUUAUAAUUUUUUAUGUAAAUUUCAAACUAUUUUAAAAAUUAAAACAACAUAACUAGGUUUAACAAUUAUAGAAUAAUGAAACCAUAUUAUAUGAUUAAAAAACAAAUUUACAUGUUAAGCAAUUAAUUACUUAACAAUAUGAGUUUUAUAUUUCUUUGAUAUUUUAGUUUCGCAUAUUAUUGGUGAAUAUUAUAACUAAUUAUAUAUUAUUAGCCUAAAGAAACUUUAUAUAAAAGUUAUUGAUUCAGUGAAAAGAAUAAUUAUUACAAGAUGCCGUUAAUACAAGUAGAUGUAAAAAUGUUACCAAUGAAAGUGCACUAUUUUCUGUUUAUGGGAGGUGUUGCACCAAUGACAACUUUUUUACCAACAAUUGCAAAACAAUUGGGGUAUUCAACAAUUGUAGUUGGUACUAUCUAUAGUAUAUUACCAAUUUUAAGUUUAAUAAUAAAGCCUAUAGUUGGUGCAAUUGUGGAUCAAUUCCGAGUUAAAAAAUUAAUCUUCUUAACAUUCAUAUUGUUAUCUGGCCUAACAGCAUUUUCACUUAUGUUUGUUCCUGAACUACCUUUUAACACUACAGUGGAAUUUAAUUGUCACGAUGUCACAUAUUUAAAUGUUUGUCCUGAGAAUAAUGUACCUUUGUCAAAGUGUUCUAUAAAACGAGUUAAGGAAAAUGUUGGCGAUCAAUUUGGAUGUGAGUUAAAAUGUGAUAACAGUAUACAUUUUCGGAAUGAAAUGUGUUCAAAUUGGGGAUUUAAUGACUAUUGCUUAUUUUCAAAUUCAUCUAGUGUAAAAACCAUAGAUUAUUAUGAACCAAAAAAUUCCCAAAUAAUUAGAACAAAAUCAAAUAAAAAGUAUUUUAAUGAUGAUCAUGUUUACUUAUUUGUGUUGAUAGAAAUGAUGCAUUCUGUUAAUGUUCAUAAUUGUUUUUACUUUCGAAUAAAAUCUGCAAGUUUCUUUUUUAAUGAUUCUGAAAUAGUGAACCAUACACCUGUUUGUAAUACUAGUUUAAGAUCACAAUGCCAAGUACAAUGUUCUAGUGAAGUCAUUAUGGAUUUAAUAACUCCCCAAAAGUUUAAAGGCAGUGUCUUGGAAUUAAAUCAAUUCUGGAUAUUUUUUCUGUUAAUUAGUCUUUUUUGGGUAGGUCAAGCAGUUAUUUAUAGUCUUGGUGAUUCUAUUUGUUUUGAUUUACUUGGUAACAAACCUAACCUUUAUGGCAAACAAAGAUGUUGGGGUGCUAUUGGAUGGGGAAUUUUUUCAAUAUUUGCUGGAUGGCUUUUAGAUAUUUUUAGUUCCAGUGAUGUAAAUAAAAACUAUUUACCAAUAUACUUUUUAUGUCUACUGGUACUACUUUGCAAUUUUUUUGUUGCAUCAAAACUUGGGGUGACAGAAACAAAAAUAUCAACUAAUAUAUUUAAAGAUUUUGGAAAACUGUUAACAGAAAUUAAGGUUCUAGGAUUUCUUUCUUGGGCAAUAGUAGUAGGUAUUUGCACUGGAAUGAUUUGGCAAUAUCUUUUUUGGUAUAUUGAAGAUGUAGCUUCUAUGAAUGAGUGUAAUACUCAACAUUGGAUUAAAACGCUACAAGGUUUAAUUUCAGGAGUUCAAUGUUUUGGUGGUGAAGUGCCAUUUUUUUUCUGGUCAGGCUGGAUUAUGAAACGUUUAGGACACUUAAAUUGCAUGUCUCUCGUUUUGGGAGUUUUUGCAUUUAGAUUUUUUGCUUAUUCAAUUCUUACAAACCCAAUUUGGGUACUUGUUAUUGAGUUAACUAAUGGAAUUACUUUUGGGUUAGCAUAUGCUGUACUUAUGUCAUAUGCAAGUAUACUAGCACUACCUGGUAGUGAAAGUACUAUGAUAGGACUUGUUGGUGGAGUUUUUGAGGGCAUAGGUGUGUCUUUGGGUAGUCUAAUAGGUGGUUGCUUAUAUGACAAAUAUGGUGGAGCUCAAACGUUCAGAUUAUUUGCAUAUGGUUCUGCAUUAAUGUGUGCUAUUCAUUUGUUAUGCCAAAAAGUUUUGAAAUCAAAUAAAAAAUUAAGUUUUCCUAGUCACAAUUUUGAUGAAGUUCAAAACAACAUAUCCCAUUUUAAAGAAACAGGUUUUAUUAGUGGAUCAACUGAAUAUGCCAGUCCAAAUGAAGCUAUUCAUAUGUUAAUUGAUAACUAAAUUUAUUUUUUUAAUGUUCCUACUUUAUUGUUCUAUCUUAUUUUAAACUAAAGAAGGAAAUACUUAAUUUACAGUCACUUAUUCCUAGUAUAAUAUAACAUUUUGCUUUUAAACUAUUAUUAAUGGAGUAGGUGAAUAUUGAAAUAAAUGACAUUUUUAGUAUAAAAAACAUAAAUGGCUAAUGAUAUAAAUCGAGCAAUGAGCAUAGUAUUGGUUAGGAGUUAUUUAAAAUACUUUUUCAAAGAAUGUUUACAAUUUUAAAUUUUAUUAUAAUUUUUGUAAAUUAUUUCUAAUUAUAAAUUGUUAUUUUAAAAAAUUCUACUGAACCAAAAAAUACUUAACCUACAAAAAUUGGUACUAUGGUAUAUGUAUAAUUAUUUAUUAAUACUUAAUUUCUUAUUAUUAUUUAAAUUAUUUAAUUAAUUUUUAUCAAUUUAACUCUGAAAUUAUGUAUCAGCCAAUUAAAAUUUAAAAUUAAUGAUUACAUUGCUUUCUUUGUAUCAUUAUGUUACUUUAUUUUAUUUUAUUAUCAUUAUAUAAAUCAUAUUACACUUAAAUAGUUAAAUGACUUGUUAGUUACCUACAUUAAAGUUUAUACACAAAAUUUUAAAAUUUCCUAGAAUUCAAUAUUUACUUUAUUCUUUUUAUAUUUUUAUGAUUUUUCAUUUAUAAAACGAUAAAACUUUUAUUUUUAAUAUUCAGUUUUUACCCAAUAGUAUCAGUGUAAGAUGUAACUUUGGUUUUUUGUACUUAUAUUAUUUUUGUGUAAAAUAUUAUACUUAUGUUUUAAUUCAUUGAUUGUUAAAGUUUUGGUUUAAUAUGGUGCUAUAGAUAAAUUUUGUAAUUCGCUUGAAGCACAACAUAUUUACAGGGAUAUUUAAAUAAGACAAACAUUAUUAAUAUGUAUUUAUUUUUAAUUAAUUAUUACCUCUGAUUAAUUUAAGUCGUAACUAGUAUUAAAGUUAUUAAUAAUAUAUUCUUGGUGAUAUGGUGUAAUUCAAAGAUUCUUCACAAUUUAUAUUAAUCAUCAAUAUCAAAAACUAUUUUAUUUAAAAUAUUAUAUUUUGUUCUCUAGUAUUAGUUACAUUAUUACUUUUUGUUUUUUUAUAAAAAAAAAAAAUAAUAAAAAUACAUUGAAUAUA